CUUUAUCAAACAAAAUUAACCAUAAUGGAAUUACACUCUACCACAGUGCACAAGUUUUAUUCUUAUAUCAACGAGUUUACUAUCAUAUUGGUUUGCGAGGUAUACUUACGCCUAUACUGAGUUGUUGGUGUCAGUUCGCAUCUUUUGAUUGCGUUAAUCUGCAGCUGAAUAUUGAUUGAUUGUCACUGUUUAACAGUGGUACACAGCAAAUUCGGCCGAUAUUGGGUCGACUGGUGAAACCGUUUCUUAGUGAUAUAUUUCUUAUUGGAGUUUAUGGUGGUUUUCAUAAACCAUCUGACUUCAAUAACUUUUUAUUGCCAGUUGUAACUGACGUGGAGCACUUAUAUGCACAUGGUUUGCAAAUCAAUGAGAGGCAUAUCGGCUUCUGGCUUAACAGUGUUAUCUACGAUAAGCCUGCAAGAUCUGACGUCACUUUUACAGCGAGUCACAACAGUAGGAAAGGGUGUGACAGAUGUUGCGUUACUGGCAACUAUGUAAAUCGGCGCAUGGUAUUUAAGGAUGUUAACAGCUGUCGCAGGACAGAUAACAGCUUUAGGAGUAAGGAAGAUGCCAAUUACCACCGUGAUACAUCAGUAUUUGAGGGACUUCCAAUUGAUAUGGUUAGUAUUUUUCCAUUAGAUUAUAUGCAUUUAGUCUGCUUAGGUGUUGUAAGGCGGCAAUUGGGUAUAUGGUUGCGUUUGGCAAAACAACGCCAAUUGGGAUUAGGCAAUGAAACAAUUGCUUGUAUUAACGAAAGACUACAGGCUGCAGAAAGCUGCAUUCCUAAGGACUUCCAAAGGAGGUGUCGCAGCUUGGAGUUUCUUCAGUUUUGGAAGGUCACUGAAUGCCGGCUAUUUCGUAUGUAUUUGGGCCCAGUUGUAUUACAUGACCUAUUACCCUCUCCACUAUACGCAAACUUCCUCAGAUUGUUCACGAGUGUCUAUAUUUUAUGUCAUCCUCGUUACCACCUUAAAUUGUGCGACACCGUAAAACAACAGCUCAGGCAGUAUGUACUAUGUUUUGACAGCCUCUACCCUGAUGAGUUGGUUUACAAUGUGCAUGCUCUUCAGCAUUUAGCUGAGGACGUAUCUGAACACGGUUGUCUGGAUACCUUUUCAGUCUUCCCGUAUGAGUCACAUUUGUGCCAAAUCAAGGGAAGGGUGAGGAGUGGCUUCAGGGUAGCAAAACAAGUAGCCUCUCGAGAAGUCGAAAGAUGCGUGUUUGCAAGCUCUACAAAUGCAGGUAAGUCACCUGCUGAGCUAACCACGCCAUGCGUUACAGUUGAUUUAGCAAAGCAGUUAUUUCGUGUUGGCAAGACUUACCAUUCAACUGUUUCGCCUGACCGAUUUGUAGUAGUAAAUGGAGUACCUGGGAUUAUCUGUGGUGUGGGUGAGGGCAAUGUAUUCAAAUUCAGACCUUGUUUGGAUAAGCAACCAUUUUUUAACAAGCCUUUCGAAUCAACGAAGCUUGAUAUAUACAAAUAAGGCCAGUUCUCAGGCGACACUGAAUGGGUUGCAAUUAACACAAUUAAAUAUAAAUGCAUUGCAAUACCCACAAAUCACUUCAACGUUUUCAUCCCAAUGCCUCACACAUCGGCUAGAUAAGCUGUUGCCAUUGUUAAUUUGUGUUGUUCCAUUGGCGUCAGUUUCAGUUAGUGUGGUUCAUAGGUAAGAGCCGACGUGAUCGACGAAGUGGGUUGGGUUCGCUAGCAUAUCAGUUUGAGUUUAGACUCUCUAUACAUUCCAGUAGGAGACUUUUAAGAAUAAAUGGGCAAAUACCGUAUUGCACUGAUUGAUGGGAAAAAUGAGGCAGUGAUAUGCCGAAGCUCUUGGUUUCUUGGACCUAAGCUUGUUGUCUGCAGCCAAGACAAUUGGGAUAAUACCUAUGAGGAGGAGUACCCCAAGAUUGAUUGGAAGAUGGAGAAUUGUGAGGUGAUUUUUGAGACAGGUUAGUCGUAUCGACACUUAACUAUUUAUAAUAAUAAUAAUAGUAUAUUCUCAUUUUCUACAUGAGAGACGCCAGUUUAC